GCUGCUGCGCAUGCGUGCCACGGUGACACAAGUUCAGUAUAAGCAGCCAGAGCUUUUAAAUGACGUUAAAUAUUAGGAGCUUUUAAGUGUCAGAAGUUACAAAUACAUUAAAAAACACCGUCAACCCAAAUAUAAGACACAUACACGACGUGUGAGCAGCUCGGGGGAGAGUAAGCGAAGGAGGAAGUAUUCCUCCGGAGCUUCUUCAUCUUUGUUUUGUAGCCGGCAGCCGCGACGUCACUUCCUCAAGUUAUUUCCAUUUGUUUGUGGCAAACGCCAGUAGUUACACACCAAAGAUUACGGUUACUGUUUUAAUUUCCCGUGUGUCAGGGUGGAAACGGCGGCGUCUUUUUUUAUUUUAUUUUUUUUCCGUGAGCUUGCCGCGCGACGGGAUAAUUCAAGAGAUGUAGCGGCUCGCAGGCGCGAGACAGGAAAAACGUGCGCUCGCGAACACAAGUAGUUGUCCUGCUAACGGUAGCUUAGCUCAGUUUGGGGUUAAUUGGCUAACUAUUGUUAGCUGGCUGGUGUUUUUGUCGGCUGACAUUAGUUGAACCCGCUCACACUGAUGGAGUGCUCUCAUCUGAACUCAAACGUGAGCUGUCCGCUCGAGUCCUCCAGGUUCCCUAACGGUACUCCGUCCUCUUGGUGUUGCAACGUUUGCAGGUCCAAUAAAAGUCCAUGGAUUUGCCUUACCUGCCUGAUGGUCCAUUGUGGAAGAUAUGUCAGUGGACAUGCAAAGAAACACUUUGAAGAGAGCCAAGUCGUUGGUCCUAGUCAAAAGAAGGGUGAGAAACAGGAGAAAGAGAAAUCCCAUCAUUCUGUCUGCAUGGACUGCAGCAACUACAGUGUGUUCUGUUACAGAUGUGAUGACUUUGUUGUCAAUGACACCAAACUCGGGCAGGUGCAGAAGGUGAGGGAACAUCUUCAGAGUUUAGAAAACUCGUCACUGAUGGGUGACAGACAGAGGAAAAGAAGACUUCAGGACAGCCCAGCUCCAGACAGCAAGUUGUUAAAAGACAAUGAUGGAGUGGCGUUAGGUGCUACAGGGCUGAGGAACUUGGGCAACACAUGUUUCAUGAAUGCCAUUCUGCAGUCUCUCAGCAACAUCGAGCAGUUCAGCUGUUAUUUCAAGGAGUUGCCUGCGGUGGCUCUACGCAGUGGUAAGACGGCAGGAAGAAGGAUGUAUCACACCCGCAGCCAAGGGGACAACAGUGUGUCUUUAGUGGAGGAGUUCAGGAAAACUCUUUGUUCCCUGUGGCAAGGCAGCCAGACCGCCUUCAGUCCUGACUCUUUGUUUUAUGCUAUAUGGAAAAUUAUGCCAAGUUUCAGGGGCUAUCAGCAGCAGGAUGCCCAUGAGUUUAUGCGGUACCUGCUAGACCACCUCCACAGGGAGCUCCAAUACAGUCGCAAUGGGGCGUCUCACCCAGUCUCACCUCAGGAUGGAGUCAGACUCUCCACUGCAGAGGGAAAAUGCUGCAUAAAUGGGACUGCCAGUGUUGUCACAUCCAUUUUCGGUGGCAUACUUCAGAACGAAGUCAACUGCCUCAUAUGUGGGACAGAAUCUCGGAAGUUUGAUCCAUUUCUUGAUCUAUCUUUGGACAUUCCUAGCCAGUUCAGACAAAAGAGGAGUAAGGACCAGGAACCAGGGCCAACAUGCACCUUACGUGACUGCUUACGUAGUUUCACUGACCUGGAAGAACUUGAUGAAACAGAGCUGUACUAUUGCCACAAGUGUAAAAAAAGACAGAAAUCCACUAAGAAGUUCUGGGUCCAGAAGCUGCCAAAGGUUUUGUGUCUGCACCUAAAAAGGUUCCACUGGACAGCCUUUUUGAGAAACAAGGUGGAUACCUACGUGGAGUUUCCACUGAAAGGCCUGGACAUGAGAGGCUACUUACUUGAGCCAGAGAAUUCAUUACCAGAGAGCUGCCUGUAUGACCUUGUUGCUGUUGUAGUGCAUCAUGGAUCUGGGGUUGGAUCAGGGCAUUAUACAGCAUAUGGCAGCCACGAGAGCCGCUGGUACCACUUCAAUGACAGUACAGUGACUCUGACCAAUGAGGACGCAGUGAGGAAGGCCAAGGCCUACAUCCUCUUCUACGUGGAGAGGACUGACCAUGUGGCCUCAGACAAGACUGCCACGAACAGCACAGCCACAAACAGGCCUGCUGUGGACGCAGCAGCCAUGGACAGCGUUUCCUCCGAAGUAGUUGCUCAGGACAAGAGUGCAGCAGACGUGGUUUUGAUGGACGUGGCGGUCCCAGAUAAUGCCGCGUUGGAAAACGAGGGCGAAGACAUGGCUGAACUGCAUAGCGCUGACACAGCUUCAAUGGAGGCUGUCUCAGACGGGGAUACCUCAGACAAGGCUGCAACAGAGGAAGCCAGCCAAGCUAUACAAGCUGCUGCACAAUGAUUCUGCCUCAGACCAGCUCGUCUCUCCAUUUUUGGCUUCACCUCAAUCACUUUUCUCACAGUGCUUGGUUAAUUUUCACGUUGUAUGUGCAACUGUUUUGUUUUAAAAUGACCUGCAUGACGGCAUCAUGUAUAAUUUGCUGCUUGAGUUUUGUUUAGUAUGACUUUUUUCGCAUUUAUUUCCUUGAUGUUAUAUUCCUCGGUCGAGGUAGACUCCUCCGUAUGUAAUAGAUUCCAAAGGUGAUUAAAAUACUGAAGUAAAGCUGUAGCCUUGGGAAAACCUCAGUUGGUCCAAUGUUUAGUCUAGACUUUGAGAUGAUUGUGUCAAGACACUGUGUCAUUGUAACAAUAUUUGGAGUUUCUAUUGUUUUUAAAAGUUUCUAAUUUUUUUUUUUAAUUUCCACCUCUUGAAAACCUUGUAGUUCUGUUUUCCAGUUAUUAGGGAAGAUUUUAGCAUAUAGAAUGCAAUGCAUUUAUUGACUGACAAGUGCUCAUUAGGGCUUUAGAAAGCUAUUUUAACUUCUUGACCAGAACCAAUGUGAAAGAUCAUUCUCAAAUUGUUUGUCUGUAUUGACGCUGGAGUAUAAUUUAACGUUUGAUGUUGAUCCAAAACGGGCUUAAAAAACACGCCCUGAUUAAAAUGCUCUUUGAAAACAUGUAUCAAGUGAUAAAAUAUAAUGGAUCUUUUUUCAAAUGUUUGAUUUUUAAUUUUUGUUU